AUUUUCUAUCCAUCGAUAUACACGUUUAAAAAUAAUUAUCAUUUCCGAACUAUAAAUAUCCAUAGCUAAGUAAGUCGUAGUGAGCCCUGAGAUCCAGGAUUCUAUAUACACGUAAUGACGCCCUUGACUACUGUUCUUUUAAGUACCCUCUGUUUGUUACUUUCUGAUGAGGCUACUGGGUACAACCUAACUGUGAAAACGAAUCACGGAUAUGUGCGUGGAUAUGAAGCAACCAGCUCAGCUAAUCCAAAUGUCACCUACUACGCAUUCCAAGGAGUUCCUUACGGAAAACCUCCUGUAGGAUCGUUACGAUUUCAAGAUCCUCAACCUGUUCCAUCGUGGGAAGGAGUAAUAAACGCUACAAGCUUCAAACCAACUUGUGCAGCACUUGAAACUGGACGAGUUGCAGCUGGAAGUGAAGAUUGUCUAUAUGUAAACGUUUACGUACCAAAAACAAACAAGGAUAAUGAAGAAUUAUUAUUACCGGUGGUAGUAUGGUUCCAUGGAGGUGGCUUCACUCGUGGAAGUUCUCGGAAUAAUCCGUCGUACAUGAUUGAAAAGCCCUUGAUAGUGGUGACAGUUUCCUACCGUUUGGGCAUAAUGGGUUUCCUAAGUACUCUCGAUAAAAAUGCAUGGGGAAAUGCUGGUUUAAAGGAUCAGAGCUUGGCAUUACAAUUUGUUAAAAGCAACAUCCUGCAUUUUGGUGGAAAUCCCAACAGGGUAACAAUUUUUGGGCAAAGUGCUGGUUCUGCUUCGGUAGAAUACCAGAUUGUAUCUCCAAAAAGUGCAGGUCUAUUUAGCCAGGCAAUUGCCAGCAGCGGAAGUACUCUCAACGAAUGGGGAUUUAAUAAAAACCCGUUAGAACUUACGAUCAGAUUUGCACGAUGGUUUAAUAUAACAUCCAACGACACAAAAGAAAUUGUUGCUGGGUUACAAAAAAUUGACUGGGAAACAUUGAUCCUUAAUAGUCAAGUUUAUGGUAAGUUCUUGCCAAGCGUUGAGGCAGAAAGCCCUAACGCUUUUGUAAGCCAGAGUACUUAUGAUUUGUGGAGCGCUGGAAAAUUCAAUAAAGUCCCUUUUCUCAGAGGAUACAACAAUGAAGAAGGCUCGUAUGGCAAAAAUAGUUAUACGAGAUAUGGUAAUGAUUCCAAAACUAUAAUUCCUGCUGGACUUAACAUGGAUCUGAAUUCUCCUGAAGCUAAUGAAGUUAUCAAUAUUAUAACCGAGCGGUACUUCCCAGGGAAAAGUUAUUACAAUUUUACGAACGCCAUUAACUUUAUGACCCAACACUAUUUUGUCAGGGGCAUAAGAAAAACGUCACGUGACUACGUAAACUCCUCAACGCCCUUGUUUUUCUACAAAUUCACUUACGUCACUAAAGAAAAUUAUACUAGAGGUGCAAACGGUGGCGCUGGGCAUGCAGAAGAAGGGGUUUAUGUCUGGUAUUCAAGAAAGUUAUUAAACGAUGAGGAUGUGCUAAUGAAAGACCGGCAUACCACAUUCCUGUCAAAUUUCAUUAUUUACGGACAUCCAACACCUAAAAAAGAUCCACUCCUCCAAAAUAUAACCUGGCCUGAGGCAUCCGAAGGCAUUCAAAGUGUUGAUGACAUUCGCUAUAUUGAAAUUGGGCGUAAUUUGGUACCAGGCAUUAAUCCAGAUCACGAAGACUUCCUUUUCUGGAGAAACUUGUUUAGAAAAUACGCCAAAUCAACGGUAUAUUCCUACUAAAAUAUGAAACUCGUCUAUAUUGUGUGAAAUACAAUCAGAAUAUAUAUACGUCAUUAUAUGUAGCAAUAAAAUUUGUUACAGAAACUGA